AGGAAAUUUUGGAAGCUUUGACGCAACUUUUUGUAAUUUAAUUGGUAUGAUUUAACUCGCCCUUUAAUAUCCAAGCCAAAAUAUGUGAGAGAUAUAUUUAAAAGUUCUGAUAUGAUUGGAAUACCAGUUGCUUUGAAUUUGAUUGGCGGAACAUUAGACAGUGAAGAUGUUUAGAAUUAAAAAAGGAGCAUUGAACUAUACAGUGAUGUUGUGAAUAAAAGAUAAGAUACCUGUAAUCUAGUUUAUCCUUAAAAAUAUACCCCUUUUCAAGAGUCUUUAAUAACAAUACACCUCUGCAAUAUAGAAAUCGAUUGGAAGUAAAUAUGAACGAGGAUACAACCGAGAUCUAAAUUAAGGGUGUCAAAACAAUCAUUUUAAAGCGAUUGCUGGCUGUAUUGAACUGGUGUAUUGUAAUAUACUCGUGCAUAUUCUUUCCGAAUACAGAAUUUUUCAUUAUUAUUAUUAUUCAAACGAUGCUGCGAAACCAACACGGCCGUUCUGCUUCAUUCAAAAUAACGACAGUCGUAUUGUUUACGACCGCUGUUUUUACAUUGAGUACAUUAGAACAUUUACGGAGGACAUCUUUUCAAAAUGAAAGUUUGCAAGAGACAGCUCCGGAUGGAAAUAUGGAAGACUUGGGCAAAAUGCAUGCCGCCAAGUUGGAGAAUUACGUGCCAUUGCCAGAAGACGCUGAUUACUUUCCAUUGCCAAUUCCUCAUAUGACAUAUGUGAAAGCAGUCGGGACGGUGAAUUCCAAAAAAUUAGUAGAAGAAAGAACUAAACUUGGAUUUUACUCGCCAAAGAUUCUUAUUUGGAGAGGAUUGAAGGACGUUGAAGGUGGAGGAACUAAAAACAUGAAUUUUGUUCUAUCGCGACAAUGCGGUGGCUGUCAAGUUACAAAUGACAGAAGUGUGUUAGAAGAAAGCAUAGCGGUUUUACUAUUCAACGAUAUUGGACUGAAAGAAAUGGAUAUUCCGGACCGAAGUACCAGGAGAAAUGAUCAGGUAUAUGUUCUGUGGACACGGGAAACGCCGUCAAAAACGUUCACAUUCAAGCAUUAUCUCGAAAACCCGGCCUAUGAUGGAAUAUUCAAUUUGACUUUUUAUUUUCGACGAGACUCAGACGUUCGACAUUAUUUUGGCAACAGCGAGCUAGCCCUGAGAAUAUCUAAAUCAUUUCAAGAACGUUAUGGGUGGAAUGAAUAUUUGGAAUCAAAAUCCAGAGAGGCAUUGUGGUUUGUAAGUAACUGCGACCAUACGAAUGGUGCUAUGCAACGAAUGGAAUACGCGAAAAAACUAGUGGAAGCCGGCCUAAACUUGGAUAAAUUCGGAAAAUGUUUUUCCAAUGACAAUAUAAGAACUGACUCGAAACAAAUACCGGAGUUUGCAUACAGAUUUUAUUUGUCGUUUGAGAACUCAAUUCAUUGUCCUGACUAUAUUACUGAGAAAUUCUGGCGAAAUGCUCUUCAAACCGGUAUCGUUCCAGUUGUUUGGGGCCCAACAAAGGCCGAUGUGGAAGCUGUUGCACCUCCCAACUCUUUUAUUCAUAGUGACGAUUUCAAAAGUCCUGAAGAUUUAGUUGUCUAUCUCAAAUAUCUAAGCAAUAACCAUACUGCAUAUAUGAAAUAUCACGAAUGGAGGAAAGCUGAAAUCGAUGUCAGUAUUCCCGAGGAAGACAUAGCCAAGGGACAUGAAGCUUCAUUUUGUAGACUUUGUAAAAGACAAAUUCUUGAAAAACAUCCACCUAAAUCAAUUGCGUCUGUUUCAAAACUGUUAUAUGAAACGAAAUACGUAGAUAAAAAAUGUCUUGUACAUAAGCCUUCUCCGGAAGAAAGAAAAAAGUCGUACAAUUUUUAAAUUCUCCAUUCGAGAAAAAAUCAUACAAAAAAAAUUAUUGCGCUGGGACUAAAGAUCCUGAGAUUAAAAGUUUCUAAAUUAUUUGUAAAGGUUAAAGAUCGUUAGAUGGCCAUACCAUUUUCCUUUCGGUUGUUUCUCACACUGGACUGAAUAUUUUCUCAUCUCCCGUGGAGCUUUACUUUGAUAAAGCCAUAGCAUCAUAAAUCAUUGAACAUAAGAGUCAACAUCUGUCGGUAUUUUCUCGCAGUUUAACCAUUAUUCCUUGCACUUGCAUAAAGCAACAAAUUUUUUGAAAAGAUCUUUUAUACAGUACAUCAAAACAUAGCAACAUAUCAUUUCGUUUAUCCAAUCCCAUGUGUUCGUCGUACCUAAAGCGCAUGUAUGCCGCUGCAGCUUUGGUUUCUUCCUCAGUAAAAUUAUGUUCUUGACUUUUUCGAAUAUUUAUUGCAUCGUAUCUGUUUAUAAUUUGCUUCUCGGAAAAAAAAUAAACUUGGCUAUGACUUUAAGCCCUGGACCUUA